AUGGAUGAAUAUGUGCGGAUUGGAGAAACUACUGCAUUGGAAAGUUUGAAAAAAUUUGUUACUGUGGUAAUUGAUGUUUUCUCUAAGGAAUACUUGAGAAAGCCAAACAAUGAAGACAUUGCUAAAUUGUUAGCUUAUGGGGAACGCCGAGGUUUUCCAAGUAUCUUAGGUUCAAUUGAUUGCAUGCAUUGGAAGUGGAAAAAUUGUCCAGUUGCAUGGAAAGGUCAAUAUUGUGGUCAUAUUCAUGAGCCUACUAUUAUUUUGGAGGCAGUAGCAUCAUAUAAUCUUUGGAUAUGGCAUGCAUUUUUUGGGUUACCUAGGUCAAAUAAUGACAUUAAUGUGUUAGAACAGUCUCAUAUAUUUAAUGAUCUUGUUGAAGGACGUGCUCCUGCAGUACAUUACUCAAUCAAUGGUCAUAAUUACACAAUGAGAUAUUACCUUGCUGAUGGCAUAUAUCCAAAAUGGGUAACAUUUGUGAAAACAAUCCCAGCACCACAAGGACAAAAGCAAAAAUUAUUUGCAACAACCCAAGAGGUGUAUAGGAAGGAUUUUGAGCAUGCAUUUGAAGUGCUUCAAGCACGUAUCACAAUUGUUUGUGGACCUGCACGAUUUUUCCAUCUUGAAACACUCCAAAAGAUUAUGAAAGCGUGCAUAAUUCUCCAUAACAUGAUUGUUGAAGAUGAGCAGGAUGAUAAUGAAGUGGGUGUUAGGACAUAUGUGAUUUGA